UUUUUAUCGAGUGUUUUUUUUUUUCACGUACAAAACACAUAUUUUAUUUUAUUUUUUUUCUCUCUCUCUCCCCAACGUAUAAUUUUUUUAUUCCCUUUUUUUUCAAUCAAAUCUUAAAUAAAAAAUGGCUGCUGCUUCUUUAUCCCAUAUUGUGCAUCCGCAUCCUACUCCAAUUUUCACUUAUGAUGUGCCCCAAUACCAUCAAAUUUAUACCAACGCCUCAAAUCCGAAUACCAAUGCAAAUCAUAGUAAUAAUACUAAAAAAAGGUCUCAAUCUACCGUGGAUAAAUCAAAUGUUCCUCGUCCUUAUAAAUGUACUAUUUGUAGCAGAGCUUUUUAUAGAUUAGAACAUCAAACACGACACAUUCGUACUCAUACUGGUGAAAAACCACAUCGUUGCGAUUUUCCUGGUUGUGAAAAACGUUUCUCUAGAUCUGAUGAAUUGACUAGACAUAAACGUAUUCAUACGAAUACUAAUAAAAGGGAUAAGCGUAAACAACAACAGAAGAUUAAUGGUGUUGAAUUUAAACCCAAUAAUAUUCCUCCUCCUCCUACUUUUGAUUAUCGUCAACAUCCACAACAAUUUGACGAAGAUGAAGAUUUAAAUUUUAUGCUUACUCAAUUCAGAAGUAGAAGUAAUAGUAAUAGUAGUAUUUCAAGUUGUUCUAGUACUUCAAGUACUUCAAGUGCUAGUAGUGUUAUGAGUGGGAGUUAUAAUUUAAUAAAUGCUAAUCAUCAUCAAAUGCAUCAAAAUCAAUCAAUUGCUAUAUCAAUGAAUGGAGGUUGUUUCCCUCGUUCUCAUCAAUCUACCGCAUUUCAAGAUUAUUCUUCAAUGAAAAGACAAAGAUAUUGUGAUGAUGAUAUAAUGUGUUUAAGUCCCCAAUUAUCUGCAAUUUCAAUUGAUGGACAAUCUAAUUCUCCACCAAUGUGUCAUGAUAGUGGCUCAGAUGAGGAACACGAAGUUGUAACUCCUUCUCAUUCUCCUACUUUAGGUCCUCAUGUGGUGGGGUCAGAUAUUUUUGCUUUUUAUGGUGGAAUGAAUCCCAGUAAUUCUCAAUGGAAAUUUGCUAAUUUCACCAAUUCAACGCCUGCUUUGAGUAAUAGAAUUUCUGAUAUAGUUAAUGAUGGGUUUUCACGAACUUUACCCCCACUCACAAAUAAUAACGCCAAUAAUACUUCUAAUGUUGUUAAUACAACAUCCGUAUCUCCAAAUAAUCAUCCAACAUUUGGUUUUGAAUACGGUAGAUCUGCCUUUGUGCAAGUUCUACCAUCUGUAGGUCGUUAUUAUUAAAUCGUCAAAACCGUUGGAAAACUAAAAAAUUAUUUUGGUUUAAAAAAAACUUGCUUUAAUUUAUCGAUUUGAAUCCCUGUUUAAGGAUUUUACGUUUUUAAAUACUGUUUUUAUCUCUCGAUUACGACAUUUACUAUUUUUUUUUUUUUAUUAUUCGUUUUUUUUUCAAUUUUAUUCAGAACUUUUUUAAGUUUCAUAUUAAAAUUA